GACUUUUUUAAACUCUAACCAAAAGUCAGCUGUUUUUCUAUCAUUGGGAAAUUGACAAUUCAACCCUUUUUUGUACCACAAUACAACAAUUCCAUUUAAAAAGUUAAGAGUGCUGUGAAAAUUAUAAUGGCCAAUGAAAAUGAUCAGCAGCAUCAUCAGACUGCAUCACAGAAUACAAAAGAUUGCGAGAAAAGUGUAGUAGAUUCAAUAAAGGGCAAUGACGAUGGUAGCAACGAAAACAAAGAGAGCAGCAAAGAUGAGGCUUAUUACGCCGAAGAGGAAAGGGAGAGUCUGGACAUAAUGCCAACAUCUUCUAAGGGAAAACUGAACGAUUUGGUUGCUGAUUUGUGUAUAAAUGGACACAGAUCGCAUGCCCAGGCUGGUUAUGGAGAUUACCAAUUGAAUAGAUCUUCAGUGUCUGGCAGUGUAAAUGAGAGUGCAGGUGCUGAUGCUGGUGGUUCUAAUAACAACACAGCACAUAAUGUACAAGCACCACCACCCACCCAGAAUUCUUCCUUUUCUUUUAAACAUUUCCUCAGCAGCAGUAGUGUACCCACUGCCCCCUCUACUACAGUCACAUCUUUGGAUCCUCCGUUAAAUGUGAGUAGUACCUCGGCGACGUCAUCUAACUCAAGUUCUGCCAUGUCCACACGUUCCCUACAAACAUCAACUGGAGCCCGUCCCAAGGUCCCACAGUCGAAUUCUGUUUCAUCCACCUUAACUGUUAGCGGUACAUCGUCAAAUUCCGGUGGCGAAGGACUGUCUGUUGCAGCAACCAAAAUGAAACGUUCGCCACGUUUCUCUUCAUUUGACUCGCAGGCGAGUCUUGCCGAAUAUGCUGGAGCACCAACCACGGCAGAUUUACCACCUGGUGAAGCUUCUUCGAUUGGUGGUGUAUCGAAAUCUUCGGAUUACCGAUUGUAUCCGGACGAGAGAGAACGUGAUCGAUUUGCAGAGUGGAACUUACCUUCCAAUGCACCCACAAUGACAACUAAUUCAUCAGAUUAUGAUCGUGGUCAAUAUGUGCCACGUUCCUAUUCAAAUUACGAAAUACCCCGACCACAGACAUCGCCACGUCGUCGUGUUGGUAUCGGUGCUAACCGAGAUGCAAGGCCAACUCGUUUGACACUUAACACAAAUCCAACAAUGGCUGCCAAAUUAAAAUUGGAUUUGCCCAUAAAUCAAAAUUCCGUUGGUGGCUCUGCCAACUUAGCGUCCUCUUCGAAUCGAAGGAGUGCCCUGUCCACGCGUCCAACAGAUUUUCAGCAAUCAAAUUCUUUACCCGCUGGUGCGGCAGCUGCAGCAGCUUUACCAGAUUUUGUACAAGAUCAUUGGAUGGACUCAUGGUAUGCAAACGAUAUGCAUGUGAAUUCACCACCUUCUUCACCCAUCUAUGGUUUAGCUGAGGAUGUGACCGAAGAUGGCAGCGGCGAUCAGGCUGCUGGUGGUUGCGGCGGUGGUGGUGGAGGUGGUGGGGCUAGGCCUCGAAAUCGUGAUAACGUUCCAUUACCAGGUCCUGCUGAUUUGGGAAGUUUUAAUAUGGGUCUACCAGAACCUUCAUCGUCUUCGGUGGGCUCCAAAAUGUUACCCGACUUUCUAUCAGAUGGACCUAUAAUCCAUUCGUCACAACGUCUGGCGGAUAUAGCAGCUGGCUUACCUUCAAAUUCAGUUGGCUCUCCCGAAGAUUCAAAUAUGACAACACAACUGUCAAGGUUACGUUCAGACAAUGAACUUUUGCAGCGGGAAUUGAAUGAAACAAGGGCGGCCCUUAAUGAGCAAACAUUGAGGGCCAACAAUUUAGAGCGUCAAUUGUUGGAACAACAACGGCAACACAAAUCGCAAACCGAAGAGACAUUGGACAGUAACAAAAAGCAUUCAACCGCUGUACAAAAUCUUGUCUCUAAGCUAAAGCAGCAAGUACAGCAACUCACAUCAGAGGUGGAGAUUUUAAGGCGAGAAAAGGAUCUGAUGCGCGAAGAGGGAGCUGUUGGGGGUUUUAAUGUGACAAACUGUGAUCGUUCUCCUUCUUCAUAUGCUGCAGCUGCAACUUCUGUAACGAGCAACAAACGCAGCUGUGCAGAUGCUGCUACAGCGGCCGCUGCAGCAACAACGGGGGCAGUGGGUAGUGUAAAUGGUAGCGAAGUUAUGGGAGGUGGUUGUAUGGGUGUUAGCAGUAGCACGAGUGGUGGAGGCCAAGCAGGUGGUAUUGCUGGUAGAGGUGUUAUUGGCCUCAGACCGUCCAGAGCACAACAGAUAUCAUUAGAUUUGCGGAGGGCAGCAUCAAAUGCAGAACAAAACCUGAGGCAACUUUUGGCUGGUGUGGAUAAUUUACGUCAAAUGGCGGCAGAUAUAGAAAAACCUGAAACACAUUUGGACUACGAUGCUAGCCCAGAUUUGUUUUCAGAUUUUAUAGACGAUUGUGAUGAUUACGAAGAAUAUCCCGGUGGACCGGCUUUGUAAAUUAUCCUUUUCAUUUAAAAAAUUUGUUUUCUAUUUUUAGAGAAUAAUUAUAUUUAAUAAUAAUAAUCAUAAUGAGUAACAAGCCACUCAUAAACACAGAAAAAACAAAACAAACAUACAUAUAAACCAAACAGAAAACAAGAAAA